AUGAAGACCGUUGUGGUUGUUGGAGGAGGCGUGGCGGGCGCCGAAGUUGUCCGUGGUCUGUCCUCCAGGUUGAACCCGGAGAAACACAGGCUUAUUUUAAUCACCUCUCGCCCCAGAUUUACAUUUCUGCCUGCUUCUCUCAGGCUUUUGGCUAGCCAGGACACAGCAAUAGGCUCGGUGUUUAUGCCUUACGAUGCAGUCUUUGGCAAGUUUCCAGGUGAACUCAAGGUCGGCACCGUCACGUCCAUCGAAGAAAACAAAGACCCGACAUUCAAACGAGGCGGCUUUGUUGUCAUGGAAGGGGACGAAAAAAUUCUUUAUGAUGUUCUCGUGGUUGCAACAGGCUCUAAUUGGUAUGGACAUCUCGCCUUUCCGAACGAUGAGGAAGGUUUCAAGGACCACGUUAAAUCGUGGCAAAAGAAAAUUCACGAUGCUAAACACAUCGUUAUCGCUGGAGGAGGUGCCGUAGGAAUAGAAAUGUCGGGAGAAAUAAAAGAUGCAUAUCCUAAUAAACACGUUACAAUUGUGCAUGCCAAUCGUCUUUUACUGGGAGACAUUUACCCAGAUAAAUUUCGCGAAAAUAUCGAAUCACGAAUCCGCCUGCGUGGUGUCAACAUUUUGUUCAACGACACCAUCGAAGGUACGCCAAACCCACACGCACCACUUAAGACGGGAAACGGGGUUCCUCUACCCUGCGACCUUCUCCUCUUCGCCCGCGGCGGGCGACCCAACACAUCACUUCUAAAAUUUCUUCGCCCCAAUGUCCUCUCGGAUAGAGGCUAUGUUCGAGUAAAACCGACACUUCAAAUUGAUCAACAUCCAAACAUGUUUGCCCUGGGAGAUAUCAUCGACUGGCCGGAAGCGAAGCAGCUGAUGAAAAUCUCAAUGGGCCACACCGCGGUAGUCAUUGCCAAUGUAAUAAGCUACCUUGAAGGAAAGGUGCCCAAGAAGACAUACAACAAAAGCCCAGAACUCCUAUGGAUAAGUAAUGGAAGGGCUGGAGGUGCCUCUUACUUGGGCCUGCGAGGUCACGGUCUUACCUUUGGAAACUGCUUCACGAAACUCGUCAAGUCAAACGACCUCAUGGUUGCAUAUGUGCGCAAGUCGUUGGGGCUUGGUCCGAAUUAUGAGAAGGAUUGA